UCAGAAAAAAUACAGCGAGUACUGUUGCUCAUUAGUGUUAUCAAUUGUCAAUYGUGUCCACUGUCCAGUAAUCGCGUACUAUCACUACAAUCAGUAUUCAGUAAUUCAGUAUUCACUACAAUAGWACAAUAAUAAUAAUCAUAACAAUUAUUAUAAUUAUUUCCUGUUCUUCUAAAAUCUAAAUUAUAAUAAUUGCUUAUUCAUUACUACCAUAUUUAGUUCUUAGUAAUUGGAUUAUUAUAUUUUCCCUCAUACCUUUAAUUUAAUGGUAGUUUAUUAGUAUAAUAUUGUAGUCGUUCUUUUUUUGCUAUAUUAUCCUUCAAAAUCCAAUAKCAAAAAUAUGUCAAACGAUGUGGAAGAUAUUGAUGGCAACAACAUUCUUGCACAAGCAUUAAAACAUCAAGAUAUCCAAUAUGUUUUUGGCAUUGUUGGUAUUCCAGUCAUUGAAUUUAGCAUGGCCCUGCAACAAGUCGGUAUAAAAUAUAUAGGAAUGCGCAAUGAACAAUCUGCAGUAUACGCAGCCCAAGCAAUCGGAUAUCUUACUCGUACACCAGGUGUAUGUCUAGUGGUGUCUGGCCCCGGAUUGCUUCAUGUCACUGCCGGAAUGGCCAAUGCACAAAUAAACUGUUGGCCUUUAUUAGUAAUUGGCGGCUCUUGUGCCGAAGAUCAUGAAGGAAUCGGUGGGUUUCAAGAAUGUAACCAAGUCGAACUCAGCAGACCUUAUUGCAAGUACAGUGCAAGGCCCCCAAAUGCUGCUCUUAUACCUGUUCAUGUUGAGAAAGCUAUACGUUAUACUACUUAUGGUAGACCAGGUGCUGCGUAUUUAGAUUUUCCUGCCAAUCUUUUAUCAGCUCGAAUUUCUGUAGAUAGGGUUAUAAACAAACCAAUGAUCUCACAACCUCCAGUAAUUUUUCCUGAUCUUCGAAAUAUUGAAUCUGCCGCUGAACUGUUAAUAAAUGCUGAACGUCCUCUUGUUAUUAUAGGCAAAGGUGCUGCUUAUGGACAUGCAGAAUAUGCUAUAAGAAAUUUCAUCGGACAAUUUGGCUUACCGUUUUUAGCCACACCAAUGGGUAAAGGUGUAGUGCCUGAUGAUCAUGUUAUGAGUGUAGCAUCUGCACGUACUUAUGCCUUGCUAAAUGCUGAUGUUAUACUGUUGCUUGGUGCUCGAUUAAAUUGGAUUCUACAUUUUGGUAAACCACCACGGUUUAAUGCAGAUGUAAAGUUCAUUCAGAUAGAUAUAAGUGCAGAAGAAUUGCAUAAUAGCCAACAAGCUAGUGUAGCAAUUCAAGCAGAUAUGCAUGCUGCAGUUAAUGCUUUGAAUGUUUGUUUAUCUAAAAAAAAAUGGCAAAAUACAAGAAGCGAAUGGUUAGAUAAACUUAAAGAAAAAUGUUUGUCAAAUAAAAAAUAUGUAAAGUCAAUGAUGAAAGACACAUCUAUACCAUUAAACUACUACACAGUUUUUCAACAUAUAUAUGAUAAUAUUCCAAAAGAUUGUAUGAUUGUAAGCGAAGGAGCAAAUACAAUGGACAUUGGUAGAGCUGUAUUAUUAAACAAUUUACCUAGACAUAGACUUGAUGCUGGAACAUUUGGUACAAUGGGAGUUGGAUUAGGAUUUGCUAUUGCUGCAGCCUUAUGGUGUCAAAAGUAUGAACCUGGAAAACGAGUCUUGUGUGUUGAAGGUGAUUCAGCGUUUGGAUUUUCUGGAAUGGAAGUGGAAACAAUGGUCAGGUAUAAAUUACCAAUUGUCAUCAUCGUUGUCAACAAUAAUGGCAUAUAUGGAGGUGUUGAUGAGUCCACUUGGUCUUUGGUGCAAGAUUCUGAUAACUUAGCUGGAGUUAUUCCCCCAAAUUGCCUAUCUGUAAACAUACAUUAUGAAAAUAUGUUGACUUUAUUUGGUCGCAAAGGAUAUUUUUGCACAACUGUUGAACAAGUUUCCAAUGCAGUAAAAAAWGCUUUUAUGGAUACGAGUGGACCUUCGUUUAUUAAUAUAAUGAUCAAUCCAUCUGCUGAUCGCAAGCCACAAAAUUUUGCCUGGCUGACUGAAUCAAAAUUGUAAAUUUUUUUAUUACUGUUAUUGCCAUUAUUGCCUUACACUAAAUUAUCAACAUAUUUGCCAGUGAAAAGRAUAUCCUUUAUUCUGAAUGUAGCACCAUUUAAAAUUUAUCAAACAAUCCAACUAGUUGGUCAUAAUUGAUAAAAAAAAAGAAAACAUCUACACAAGGAAAA